AUGGAAGUUGUCGGGGACACCGAUCUGGCAUUCUUCUCAGCUAAUGCUGCUGCUCAGGCCUCAAGAAAGUCCUCUCCAAGAGUCACAAAUGAAGCUGUCCAAAAGGCUGCUGCUGCUUUGGAGGGCUAUGAUCAUCGCCGUGCCACAACUGUGAGUGCUAGAACUGAUGCUCAGCAAAAGAAACUUACUUUGCCAGUCGUGCCAACAACCACCAUUGGCUCCUUCCCUCAGAGUGAGGAACUCAGAAGAGUGCACUGUGAGAGGAUGUCUUGGGAAGAAUAUGUUAAGGCCAUCAAGGAGGAAAUUAAGAAAGUUGUCAAGCUUCAACAGGAGCCUGACGUAGACGUCUUGGAUCAUGGGGAGCUUGGGAGGAACGAUAUGGUUGAAUACUCUGAGGAGCAGUUGUCUGGUUUGGCUUUCACCGUUAACGGGCUCAAAACUUGCUAUAAAAUUGCCUUGGCCAUCAAGGACAAAGUUGAGGAUCUUGAGAAGGCAGGGAUUAAUGUUAUUCAAAUUGAUGAAGCAGCUUUGCGAGAGGGUUUGCCACCGAAAAUCCACACUCACCUGUACUCCCACUUCAACGACAUCAUACACUCAAUCAUUGACAUGGAUGCCGACAUCAUCACAAUUGAGAACUCUCACUCUGAUGAGAAGCUUCUCUUUGUUUUCUGCAAGGGAGUUGAGUUUGUUACUGGGAUUGGCCCCAGUGUCUAUCACAUCCACUCUCUCAUAAUGCCAUCAACUGAAGAGAUUGCUGACAAAACCACCAAGAUGCUAGCAACAAACAUGUUGUGGUUUAACCCUGAGUUUUUGCUCAAGACUCGCUCUGUCGAGACUCAGGAUAACGAAUUGGCCAUCGCAAAGGUUAAGGUUGUGCUGAGUUAA